GUGCAACAGGCAUAUUUUGAGGGAAAAAUUUUCCUCCAAUUCAUAGACACAAGGAAAACUUCCCUUUCGUUCAUAUUUUGAAGAAAAUUUCGCCUUGUUUAAAAAUGAUCCGAUGACACGACCCAGAGUUUUGCUUCCAUCAAAGGAGCCGGAAAAUUUCUUGUUUUGAACAAGGACCAUCCCAGAAGGAAAAGAGGCAAAGCAACCGGAUUCUUCACUAUUUAUAUAUAUCGUAACGGAUCUGUACGGCGCUGGGACCAGUCCUGACUGCGACGUUUCUUAAGGUGAAGUAGAACUUAACAAUUCAUGGAAGGAGCUGGAGGCGAUACUGCCCCCACAAUGGCACCUCUUGCCAAGUGGAGAAAUAAUUUCUCAAUGGCUUUUCAGUACUAUCUGGAUAGAUCAACACCUCAUCCGAUGGAAAGAUGGCUGGGAACUCUUGCAGCUGCUGCUAUUUAUGUGUUGCGAGUUUAUUAUGUUCAGGGCUUUUACAUCGUGUCAUAUGGACUUGGGAUUUAUAUCUUGAAUUUAUUGAUUGGAUUUCUGUCACCAAAGGUUGAUCCUGAACUUGAAGUUUUAGAUGGAGGUUCUUUGCCAACAAAAGAAUCAGAUGAAUUCAAGCCUUUCGUUCGCCGCCUUCCUGAGUUUAAGUUCUGGUAUUCCAUCACCAAGGCUUUCUGUGUGGCCUUUCUAAUGACAUUUUUUUCUGUGUUUGAUGUCCCUGUCUUCUGGCCCAUAUUGCUUUGCUAUUGGAUUGUUCUGUUUGUUCUGACAAUGAAGCGCCAAAUCAUGCACAUGAUUAAGUACAAAUACGUUCCAUUUAGUUUUGGGAAACAGAGGUAUUCUGGGAAGAACUCUAUCGCAAGUAGUGGUGGCAUGUCAAGGGAUUGAAAGUUCAGCAGUCGAAUCCUUUUGCUUUCAUUAUGUAUUUAUCAGCUGUUAAUACUUGUUAUGCCUUCAGAUUCACACAUUUUUGAAUUAGCUCAAGAGAUUCUGUAUAAACUUCUCUUUUUCCCUUCCAUUAUGCUUUUUUUUUUUUUUAGGAGGAAUCAAAUCUUGUAGAUUACGAGCCACCAUGUUCUGUUUAGCAUCCAAAGAUGUUUGAGCUGUCACUAAAUUUAAAGAUAUUUUUUGCUUUGCAUUAUGUAUAUGAUUGAGAUACA